ACGUAUGCGAAGCUAAUGCCGAUGCAAUAUUCCUCUUUGACGAUUCCUCAAGUAUAAGUCAUGACAAUGUAAACAACUUCCAAAUGAUGAAAGAGUUUAUGAAAAACAUCGUCGACAAAUUCGCGACAGUUGGUCCAGAUGGAACACAGUUUGGUGCCGUCAUGUUUUCUGAUAGAGUUCAAGGUCAUUUUGAUCUAAAAGAUUUCAGCACACAUGCUGGCAUUAAGCAGGGCAUUCAGAGCAUACAACCGUCGCAUGGAGGAGCUACAGCAAUUGGAAGUGGACUAAAGUAUGUUAGAGACAACAGUUUCCUUUCUUCAAAUGGCGGAGGAAGGCCAGAUGUUCAGAAAUUGGUUAUUCUUCUUACUGAUGGAAAAAAUAAUGCUGGUCUUGAAGUACCACAACAAGAAGCUGACAAACUGAAAAAAGACGGGGUAACUGUUGUAGCCAUAGGAGUUGGUACUACGUUCGUCCUAGCUGAAUUACAGCAAAUUGCGUCUAAGGAUGAAUAUGUGUUUACAACAGAUUCAUUUGAAAAGUUAAAUAGUCUUCUAGAUAUGAUUGUGAGAAUAGCUUGUGAAGUUUGUGUGGCUGAACCAACACAAAAAGGUGAAAAGGGAGAUAAAGGUGACAAAGGAGACAGAGGAGAUAAAGGUCCAAGGGGCGACAGAGGACCUACAGGAUUGCAAGGUCCGAUAGGAAAUAAAGGACCAAGAGGAGAUACCGGUUUGAAUGGCGCUGACGGUGGGCCGGGUCCAAUUGGUCCAACAGGUGAAAGAGGACCAACAGGAUUUAGAGGCAACCGUGGCGAUAAUGGUAUACCAGGCCGUGAUGGCGCACCUGGUGCAAAAGGGGAAACAGGUGCGACAGGAAGGACUGGUUCUCACGGUCUACCAGGAGACAAAGGACCUAUAGGAGACACAGGCGCACCCGGACAAAAUGGUCAACCUGGAGAUAAAGGACCUACCGGAAACACAGGAAGACCUGGAUGGCCUGGAAGUAAGGGAGCAAAGGGGGAAAUGGGAAAUAAAGGAAUACCUGGUCAUAAUGGUAGAGAUGGAACAGAUGGACUCAAAGGUGCACCAGGUGAUAAAGGACCUACAGGUGACCGUGGACGUCCAGGAUUUAAUGGUAAACCUGGAGCGAAUGGAAUGAAAGGCGAAACGGGAGAUAAAGGUCCUAUUGGCCACCAAGGAGCUCCAGGUAUACCAGGGAAGAACGGACGUCCAGGUUGGCCUGGUGCUAAAGGAAUGAGAGGUGAUAAAGGGGAAACAGGCGAUACAGGAAACAGGGGUGGACCUGGAGAGCGAGGGCCAAUUGGACCAAGAGGAGGGAAAGGACCUGUUGGAGACAAAGGACCAACUGGACAUGCUGGCCUAAAUGGUAAACCUGGUACAAAUGGCAUUGAUGGAAAAGAUGGUAAAGACGGAGUAAAUGGAACACCGGGAACAGACGGCAAAAAUGGUGUUAUCAAAGUUAUAUUUGGUGGCAGCGGCGGCUAUGGAGGUGGAAAUUACAAGAUAGGACCUCUACAAAAACAGCAAAUUAAAUCGAAGAUCUUAGCUGGACAAUAUCCGUCAGUAAGUGGACAUGGACAUAAUUCAGGGUGGUCAUCUUGGUCAUCGUGGAGCAAGCCUGCACAUUCAUGGACCGCAUGGAGAGGAUAAAAAGCAUGGUGAAAUUACCCAUAUACAUCAUAAUCGGAAUGAACUUCUGUAAUUAAAUACAAUAAACCAUACAUAUUUUGA